AGGCUACAAAAAGGCUCCGCCGUCAUUCCGUCUGUCACACAGACCACACAAGUCAGCGCAGCGUCAAUAUUUCAACCCCAGCGUCUGAUAUUAUCAAUACAUCCAUCUAUUGGAUUAAAUCGACACCACGUGCAUUUUUUUUUCUUCUUUUAAUCUUCUCCUGAGUUGUCUGGGGCAAGGGAGCAGAUUUAAUUGGUGGAAAGUUUUUAGGGAGCGAACACGAGGAGAGAAAACAUCUUUAUCUCUUUAUUUCAGCUCCUUAAUUCACCAGUGGAUGAACUUGUGAGCGCGAACUGAACGGAAUAAAAGGAUUUGGAGAAGAUGAAAAAGUUUUGCAGAGUUUCUCACCACCUGCUCCUCUUGCUGUUGGCUGCUGCCAUGGCGGUGGCCCUGGAUUCUUCACACAACCUGGCCAGUGAGAGAAGUUCGAUAGAAAGCACGUACGAGCUCACCAAAUACCUGGAGUAUCAGCUGAAGGAAAUCAAAGACAUAUAUCUGACCUACCUGGGCCCCCCAUUCAACGAGAAAGACUUCUCCCCUCCUCGACCCAACAGCACGGCUCUGUCUCUGCCCAGCGCCGCCACCCGACUGGAGCUGUGGCACGGCCUUGAAAACCAAGCUCGGCUCGCCCAGAACCAAAAGGCCUACUCUGUUCUGCUGGCAGCCGUCAGGGAGUUGGCCCGCUCCACCCUCUGCCCCUCCCUCAAAACCUCGCUGUUGCACUUUUGCACCGGCCUGGACGGCCUGCUGGGCUCCAUAUCUGCACUGAUGACCACCCUCGGUUAUGCACUUCCUCCUUCAUCUGCAAACAUGGGAAGUAAUGCCGGAGAGCUGCAGUACCCUCUGAGGGGGGUAGGAGGCGACCGACCUGCUCCGCUCAUGAGCCAGAACCUCUACAGGUCCAGAGGCGGGACAAGGACGCAGUCUGGUCAGCGUAACAACCAAAGAAGAAGCGGGAUGAGGGUUGUCAGAGGAGAGAGGGAGGACGGCGUCACUGAAGGCCUGGUGGAAAAAAGGAAAGGGAAAGAGGGGAGGAGGGCGGACACAACGGCAGCUGGAAGAAGGAGUGGCGGAUCGAGGGAGAAGGGAAGAGGAGAAAGAGGGAGGAGAGGGAGGAGGGAAGAGCCAGAGAAAUGGACAGCUAGAGAGGAAGAGAGAGCAGGAGAGGAAGCGCCAGAGCAACAAGGAGGUGAGGAGCAAUGGGGGAGGAGAAGGUUGUUGAGUAUCAGUGAGGAUGGGGAGGAAAAGGAGAGGCAGAUUGGGGUAGAGGUGUCGUACCCGGGCACAGACGGCUUCCUCUAUCAACCAGAUGUUCAAACCAACAAUCAAUACAGCUACAACCUGAACUCCCAUCACACAGACACACUCAGAAAAGAAGAUGAAUUUAUUGUAGCUUCCUCCUCUUCCUCCACUCUUCAUCAUCAACGUCGACCUCCUCGCUCACUCCUCUCCCCCACCCUCCAGCCUCCUCUGUCCACCCUCUCCCUGCUCUACCAGUUCGGAGCAGGUGAGGAGCACACCCUCCUCUCCCAGCCUGUCCCCCUGUCUUUACAAAGAGGCACCUCCCUCCUUUCACCUCCUCUCACUCCACUCCUUUCCUCCACCUCCUCUUCGCUGUUGUCGGUGCGGCCGACAAUGAACGACUUCGCCAGGAAGGUGGAGGGGUUUUGGAUAUUGAGAGAGCUGCAGAGUUGGCUGUGGCGGUCGGCGAAGGACUUCAACCGCCUCAAGAAGAGACUCAGAGGCUGAGACAUCGAGACAGUCGAGUGCAGUAUAUCGGAAAUUCGACGUUUGCACAAAAUCUGAGUGGAAACAGACAAAAGCACAUAAACACAUUCACGCUUAACACAUUCAUUCAUACUGUACUGGAAUAAGUGAAUGAAGCACUAUUUGGCAGGUCACCAGCAGCGCUAAUGGAAUAUAACACACACAAAGCCAACACAUUACCAGCACUGUCACCCGUCUGAUGCACAUAGCAGCUCAUUGAGCGAGGCACACUGAGACUGGGCUGAGUUACCGGACUUCACGGCUCAUAGAUCAACAGAAAUACCACUGUAGGUGGCUAGACACACACACACACACACACACCGCACACGAGGUCAGACCGAGUGACAGGCAGAGAAACAAACAGUGCAGCCAUUGACUGAGAACUGAUUCAGUGACCCCCAGAUGUGUGAAUCAGCAAACAUUCAUUUUCUCUAAAUGAAGAAAAUUUCUGAAUGGGCAAAAGACAAAAGACGAGAAGGAAAAGGCCAGAGGGAUGAAGAGGAGGAGAGGAAGAAGCAAGAAAGGGAGAGGAAGAUGAGAGGAGGCAUGAGUCAGGGGAUGAGCGCUGGAAAUAAGGGGUACUGCUGAGUAAUCAGAAGUCGGUUGGUCAGUUACAGUAACUCUACAACAGCGGUACACAUACCGUCAAGACACACACACACACACACACGCACACACACUCCAGAGGACAUUACAUAGACCUACAUUCAUUUCCCGGAGACUUGCCCUAACCAUAACCACUGACGCUAAAAUUGUUUUUUUUCUGAACUGGGGACACAACUUCUGUCAUUGAGAGAUCGUCCACAAGAAACUGGUCUUGAAUGUAGUUUGUGUUCCUGACGGCAACUUAAGUCAUACCCACACAUGCACACUUACUGUGGUAUUCGGUGCCUUAACGAACUCUUCACUUUUAUUCUGCUUUUGAUUCAGUGCUCGCUCUUUGUACCACUUUUUAUUGAUUUCACUCCAUAGCAACAAAUAUUUAACACAGUCUUAAAAUGCCUUAGAACAGAAUGAAUUGAAUGAAUGUUCUCUGUACAAAGAAAUGGUUUGACAUUUUGGGAAACACACUUAGCCUUUUUACUUUCUUGCUGAGAGUCGGAUGAGAGCAUCUUAACAAACAUCUGUACCACCCUCAUAUUUUUACACUUAGGAUGAAGAUAAAGCCUGCAGACUGUGCUGAACAUGAAGACUGGAAACAAGGCGAUACAGCGAGCCUGGCUCUGUCUAAAAGUAAAAAAAAUAUUCAAAUGCCAAAUACCACCACAUUAAACCAUAAAAACUUUUAAUGCGUUAAUUUUUAGUCAAUUCUCAUUCCCAUUCAAAUACCUACGCUUUGUCAUGCCCCUCUGUGUGUGUGAUAUCGACACCAAAAGAGGCCUUUGGCGUCUUUAUGAGGAGCAACUGGACGGAGAAUCUUAACUGCAUUUUCUUCUUUCUUUCUUUCCUCCUUGAAUGCCUGUCAUACAUCUAUUAAAAAUGUUUUCAAUUUAUAAUUAAUAUUGUAAAUUUUUUGUUAAAACAAAAAAUACCCUAAGUUUAAUUUUUAAGGGUCACUGUAACUUAUAGUGAUAACAGUAAUUGUGUAAUACUGUAUACUGUGGUGUUUUCUGAUACAGUUACUGUAAAGGACAACUCUUACACUGUUGUGACCCCAAAGGGGCGGUAGGGUCAAACAAAACUAGACUUAAAUCCAGGAGACCACAGUUUAGUCAGUGUUGUCAGUGUUGGUUUACGCAGUUUACGUACAGUCGUUGUACACUGAUGUCAGUCACAUGACUUAUAUAUGAAUUUGCAUCACAUUACGUAACAGCGUACUUAUUUUAAGUCAAAACAUAUCUUUUUUUCUCAUCCUACGCAAAUAGUUUUGUUGCCUAAACCUAACCCAGACUGUUUCAUAAUAUUAACCACGUGUUUCAGUGUGUUUCAGCUCUGUAUCACAUGAUGAAGGGUGCCGUGUGUGUUGCAAUGAGACGCUGAGGGGUGUGGCAAUGCGUUGCUAUUUGACGACCUGGGAAAGGGAGCAGGUUGUAAUUUUACACUUGUGGUGGGCAGGGGGAUUUGAAAUGUAACUCCCUCUAUAAUCAUAAAUAGUCAUUUUUAUAUUUGUUUGUGUGUGGAUUAUUUUUAACAUUCAUAUUUAGCAGACGGACAUGAGGGAGAUCUACUCAUCCAACACUCAAAAAUGUCAAACUAUUCCUUUAAGUAACUUUACACUCCUAAAAACAAACAUUAGACGCAUUGAUGUGAAUUUUUUGUGCCUUUUCAAACAUGAAAUCAGAUACUUUUUCUUUGGAGACCUACAAAAGGCUUUAUUUCUUUUGCAGAAUAAAUCUAAUGUUAUGUCUUUUCAAUGUGCCUUGGAUGAUGUGGCGAAAGGUGAUAGAUGAUAUCUGUAUAAUAUUUAUUGAACAAGAUGUUUAUUUAUUUUUCUCCAGUGUGAAUAUACUGUAUCGUAACUCAAGAGAGAAUAAAUACUAGCUUUUGUACAGAG